UAAGGGCACAUUUACUUUUCUCGGCCAAGAUGUCUUCCUGGUUUGGUGAAACGGUGCUCUGCCUUCCCCUUUAAAUGUAUUUUGGACCAAUGCAAAAGUUGUGGUCAUGGGAUUAAAAUAACUAACAUCGAUUUAUUGAGGAAGGUUUAUUUAAGAGGGAAUCCUUGUUAUUCCGACGCGUUUCAACGCGGCAGCCCAGUAAACUUUCAUUCUGUUGAGCUGCUCUGACUCGUCUGCCGGUGUUAAACAGGAUACCUGGCUGUGGAAUGGCUUUGCUGACCUUGCACAGAACGCCAUCUAUUAGCACGACACCGGAUGAGCUCAUCCCAAGACGAGGAAGACUUCAGAAAAGAGAAAGUUUCGCCCUGGUAAAGGGGGCAGUGCUCCUGGUGGAAGAGGGAGAGAGGGAGGGAUUACAUGAAGAAACCGUACCCCCUCUACUUGGUCCUAGGCAAGGAGGCCGAGCCUCUGACACUCAGCGCAGACAUUUGCAUGCAAUGAUUUCGUUACUACGACCAGAGGACACAGUCAAACUGGCUGUGCGUUUGGAGUCAUCAAGCCCAGUCAGAUUGAGAUAUUUGCUUAUAGUUGGCACACUUGACAAAAAACAGGAGAGCCUACUACUUGGCAUGGACUUUCCAGGCUCAAACAGUGAUGAGUGCACUGUUGGUCUUGUCUUGCCAAUAUGGAGUGACACACAGGUUUACCUAGAUGGAGAUGGAGGUUUCAGUGUGACAUCUGCAGAAGUGACACGAAUCUUUAAGCCUGUGUCCAUUCAGACGAUGUGGUCGGUGUUACAGGCACUGCAUGGCUGCUGUGAACGGGCCGUGCGUGGAGCUGUCAUACCUGGCUGCGGGCUGGAGUGGGCACAACAUUACAGAGAAAAUGUGGAAUCUGACCAGCACUGCCUUAAUGAAUGGGGAGCUAUGACUGGCCUGGAGUCAGUCAGGAGGUACACCGUAGGAAAUUCAGCAUCCAAUCGGGAGUCAGUGGAGAGGGAGAUCAAAGCCCAACUACGAGAUAUCAUGAGAACUGAGGACUUGGAAAACAUUACCUCAAAGCAGGUGCGAACGGCCCUGGAGACCAGAAUAGGCAUAGACAUGAAGGACUACAAGGAGUAUAUUGACAACGAGAUGAUGGUCACGAUGGCGCAGAUGGACAAACCUUCCAGAAUAUUGGACUACCUUUACCUGGGUUCAGAAUGGAAUGCUGCCAACUAUGAAGAACUACAUAAGAACAAUGUGGGCUACAUCCUGAAUGUUACCAUGGAGAUUGACAACUUUUUCCCAGAAUGCUUCACCUAUAUGAAUAUUAGAGUUUACGAUGUGGAGGCGACCGACCUACUCUCACACUGGAAUAACACAUACACGUUCAUCAGUGAAGCAAGGAAGAGUGGACAGGCCGUACUAGUGCAUUGUAAGAUGGGCGUCUCUCGCUCUGCCUCCACAGUAAUUGCUUUCCUGAUGAAGCAGCAGGGCUGGACUUUAGACCAAGCCCUCAUCCACGUGAGAGAAAGACGGCCUAUAGUGCAGCCCAAUGACGGUUUCCUAAAACAGCUGCAUACGUAUAGUGGCAUCCUCAGUGCCAGUAAACAGCGUCACAGUGCCCUCUGGAGGAGGAAAUCCAAGUCAGAUGUCCGUCAGCCGUCUGUCCACAACGAAACAGCCACAGGGAGUGAACAUGAACAGAAAGAGGAAGAAUCAGAGAGCCCAGAUGAAGAGGAAGGCAGUGAAGAGGAGACGGAUGUCUUUGAGCAGUUUGAUGAGAGCAUUCCUGAUACCCAUGGGGCAGAGACGGCCACAUCCAACCCACUUAUUACCAUUCAAGAAAGUGAUAAGAUGUCAUCCAGCCCCAGCAGAAGUGGCAGGAUGGAUUUGUUUUCUCUUAUGCAGUCUAUCCAACUUGACGAUGAUGACCGAGACAGGAUUGAGAAAGAGCGAUAUUCUCCUGCACAACGAAGGCGGAGUCACGGAAGGAGGGGCUUGACUCAUCAGAAAAAACAUGUUGAUGUUUCUCCUGGACCAAGCUGCAGACAGCCACAGAACACAAAUCAGGAUGAAGCCGGUCUCUGAAGCGCUUAAAGGGCUCGUGUUAAGAAAUAUGGAGAGACGGGAAUAAAAAAGUGAUAAGGUGAGGAAAGGGAUCACAAAUUAGUGAUGCUAAUAUAAAGGACACUCUUGCACACUAGACUUAGCCUUCUGAUUGUAUCAUUCCAAGUUCUUUGAAGGGAAUCUGUUCAUAUAAUUGCUGGAUAGAUGACUUCGCUUGGAGGCAACACACAAAAGCACAUGGUUACAUAUCAAUAGAUAUCUUACUUAUUUUCCUGUACCUGCCCAUCGUCUCAGCUGGAUUGUAAAAAAAUAUCUACAACAGCUGGUUUCUGUCAGCCACCCAUUGUCAAGUGAGUACUGAUAAAGGAACCGUUUUCCUCAGAGCAUUAUCAUUCUAAUUGUCACCUUGUGCCUUUUGAUAUUUCUGUAUCCUUUGCACCUUCAUACUGAGCCAUAAAAUUCAGUUUACUUAACAGAUUUUAAUAUGAUAUUAUAGAUGGAGUGGACUUUUUUUUUUUUUUUUUUUUUGCUGUAUUUCUCAUUAUACGGAAAUACGAACAAUCCUCUUAUAGCAUUGUUUCAUGUUGUUCUUAAGAAGAGUGUGAUCUCACUCAUUUUAUGAGUCCUAUGCAAUAAUCCACUUUAUAGCUGUUUUCUCUCAUUGAAUGUGAAGCUUUAGAUUGGCUCUGUGGAGAUCAGUAGUUGAAAAAGUGUUGAUAAAGCAAUCAAGGAUUAAACGUUUUAGUAUUCCGUGUAAAAUACCAUUCAAAAGUUUUGGGUCAGUAAGAUUUUUUUUCGUAAAAAAAAAAAGACUAUUAGUAUUUUUUUUUUUUUUUAGCAAGGACACUUUUAAUAGUUUGAAAGUGACACUAAAGACAAUGUUAUAAAAUGUAUAUAUGCGCAUGCAUAUGCUUAAUAUAAAAAUGUAUUCCAUGGUUUCCUUAAAAGCAAUUGUUUAAAACAUUGAUAAUAAAAAGAAAUGUUUCUUGUGCAGUAAAUAAGCAUAUUAGAAUGAUUUCUGAAGGAUCAUGACACUGAAGUAUUGAGCUUUACCAUCAUUUUAAAACGUAUAGAAAAAUAUUAUUUUAAACAUUACUUUUGAUCAUAAUAAUAUUGCUCAAUAUCACUGUUUUUAUUGUAUUUUUUAAUCAAAUAAUUUCAGGUGUUGAGACUUCAUUCAGAGAAAAAAAAAAAAAUCAUACUGACCCCAAGCUUUUGAGUUAUUAGACAGAUAUUGUUAAAUAUUUAAGGUGUCAGGCAUAUUUUUGAAAUUUGGAGCUAUUUUCCACAUCUUUUUCAAUUAAACAGAUGUUGUCUAAUAUUUGUUUUUGUUUUUUAACCUGUAUAGUAUGCAGGAAACAAAACCUAGAAGACCUGAGUAUUUUCCGUAAUUUGUAUUUGCCAUAUGUGCCAUGAUCUGUUUAAUUCAUUCUGCAUGAUGGUUCAGUGCCUUUAGUUUAUAGAGGUGGACCAAAAUAACUACUUUUGUUGGUUUUAAUGUUCAUGCAGUUAAAACGAACACAACUAACUCCUACAUAAUACUUGUCUUUAGCUAAAGGGGUGGUUGAUUUGUGUCUUUGCAUGAUGUCUCAUGACUGUAUGCAUGCUGUUUGUUCUGUAUGCAAGCCUGUCUUUGUGGAGCACGAGUCCUGUAAGUAUAAAGUAUAUAUAUACAAUCUGCUGUAAAACAUUUGUUAAAACGUGUAUAGUCAUUGCACAAAGUGCCAAUGUUGUGAAACCAAAGUUAUGUUGUGGAAUGUUCUUAGUAUUGAGACACCACUGGUUUUGCAGUUAUUUUCCACAAGAAUGUCUUAAAUUGUGUGUUAGUGAUGCUAAUAACCCACAGCCUUCAAAGUGCUGAUUUUCCUCACCUUGUGUAUAAUGUGCCAUGCCUUAUCAAUAUCAAAAACAGUAAUGCAUUUUAUUCUAAUGCAACUCAGUUUCAUUGUUGGUAUCAGAUGGGGUUAAAUAUCAAGUCAAAGUUGCUGUUGCUUUUUUUUCUAUUUAUGCAACCUUAACAUGUAUCUUUUUGAUUUGAUAUACAAGGUUGUCUGUGCUUUAAAAAUUAAAUUGAAUUCAUAAUGGGAGCUUGAGAAAUAUC